GCCCGCCGCCUGUGGCUCGCGCCCGGGAGCUCCGCCGGGUCCCGGGAGCCCUCAGCGUCCCAGGAGCCCGCUGCAUCCUUUGUGCGGCGCUUGGGUUGCGCCGCGGAGCAGCAGAACAAAAUGUGGGCGUAGCGGGAGCUUUUCUUUUCUGCCUAAAACUCUUGAAACAAUGGACUCUAAGGGGAGCAUGGAUUGAGAGGGGCGAGCGGGGAAACGAGCUGCCGAAGGGAAUCAUGACUUCUGCUGCCGAGAUAAAGAAGCCACCAGUGGCCCCCAAGCCAAAGUUUGUGGUGGCUAAUAAUAAGCCAACUCCACCUCCUGUUGCACCCAAACCUGACGUUGUGAUUUCUAGUGUUCCACAGUCAAUAAAGAAAACAAAACCAGCAAUAGCCCCGAAACCAAAAGUUCUGAAGAACUCACCUCUUUGUGAUAUCGGGCAGUCACCAUCAAGGAAAAUCACCGUGAACCUGGAAGAACAUAAAAAGAGAUUACCCAAAAGCACUGACAACUCUACUUGCAAAAAUGUAGGGCACCAGAGCAGUGGUUGUACUUUACCAAUGUGUUCCUGCAGUCCUGAGUGUAUCCAUAAGCUUGGGAACAGAGAUAAUUUGUGUGUAAAGAAGCUUGUCUUAGAACCCCUAGAAAUGCCUGAACAUUUAGAAAAUAGUAAAAUUGAUGAGUUCUCUUCAGCUAUAAAAACAAGGAGUAAAAGUGAUUCUAAUGGUGAAACGGUCAAGAACCGGAGUGCAGUUGUUUUAAAGGCAAACAGCCUAGAAGAGAAGCUUAAAGAUGUUUUAAUACAACGAACAUCACCUUUUAUUUCCCCCCAGAAGCACAGAUCCACAGACAGCCCGGAAAUGAAUGAGAGCUUUUAUUCCAACAGACAGUUCAGAAUUAAAUUUGCAGACUCGUCACCUUCCUUGUCCAGCUUUGAGAAAGUUCCUGAUCAUCACUACCACCUACAACUUCCUACAGAUGAAUUUCAAAAUGUUGAAACUUGUCAGGAUGGCAGUGAAAAAAGCAGCAUUUGCCUUCAUUCACCUGAACAGGAAGCUCUGGCAAAUAGUAAACGGAGUGCUUUUUUAUCCUCAGAUGGAGUUAGUAAGAAAUCAGAAGUCAAAGAUCUUGGUCCCUUAGAAAUCCACUUAGUACCAUGUACUACAAAAUUUCCAACUCCCAAGCCCAGAAAGGCACGGGCCGCACGCCUGUUACGUCAAAAGCACGUAGAUGCUCCUAGUGAAAGUACUGAAGAACCAGAGAAUUUAGACAGUAACUCUUCUUGUCUUUUUGAAGAUAGUUUGAAAAACAAUAAAAUCAACAUUAUUUAUCAGAAUAUUUUGUGUAACCAGGAACAGGUUGGCAAAGUGAAACCAGGAAAUAAAAGUGAAUUGAGUGUUGACUCCAACAGUGAUGAACAGAACUUAGUUGAUUCCCAGAAAGCCAUGUGUCAUGAAACAACUUCCUCUGAAAAAAUGACACCACCUUUAGAUACAGACUCUAAUUUGACUUUUGACAGUAAGAUAGUAGAUGGUUCUAGUGUGUCACCUGCUAUGAAUGAAGGGACCAGUUUUAUAAGAUGCAGUACUCUAUCUAUGAGCCUGCCUAAGCAGCUGAAAUUAGCCUGCAACAAACCUUUGCCUACUACCUGUAACCUAGGAGUGUCUGCCCCUCAGAUACAAAAGGAAUCUACAAUAAAAGAUGGAAGUUCGUCAAGAAUUGUCCCCAAAAAACCUCAAAGACACAGCUUGCCUCCUGCAGGAGUGCUUAAAAAGGCUGCCUCAGAGGAGCUUGUGGAGAAAAGUUCUUAUCCCUCAAAUGAAGAAAAAAAUUCAGACAAAAGUCCAGAAAGAAAUCAUGUUCGACAGUCGUGUGCCCAAAACCAUGAUAUGUUGUCCUCCUUUGAAAUGCCUAAACGGACUUCAGAAAAGCCAGUGUGGAAAUUACCUCAUCCUAUUUUACCAUUUUCAGGGAACCCAGAAUCCUUAAAGUCUAUCACCAUAUCCUCAAAUAGUGAGCCUUCAACUGCCCUGACCAAACCUAGAGCAAAAUCACUGUCUGCUAUGGAUAUGGAAAGGUGCACUAAGCCUUGCAAAGAUUCUCAGAAGAAAAUCUCUUUAAAGAAGUUGCUCAGCAUGAAGCUAUCCAUCUGUUUCAUGAAGAGUGACUUCCAGAAAUUUUGGUCCAAGAGUAGCCAACUCGAAGACUCAAGUGUUUGCAGCCUCUCAGGUGGGGAGGGAAAAGGGACUGAAAAUGAUUGGCAUGGCUUGUUAGUAGAAGAGAGGAGAAAUAAACCCAUCAAGGCCCAUUCUGCAGAUAAUUACAGCCUGGACUCCCAAAAGAAGAGGAAGAAGUCUCGGGGCCAGGAUAGUACAACUAAUGGACCAAGAGCAGAGUCUUUGGAUGACCAAAUGCUCUCUAGGGAGGCGGUAUCUCAGGCACCUUGCAAAUCUGUUCCAAGUGACUGUGCACCGGAAUAUGAAAAUAUACGCCAUUAUGAGGAAAUACCAGAGUAUGAGAACUUGCCAUUUGUAAUGGCUGGAGGGAAAACACCAGAGUUGGAAAGGCAGAACUCCAGCAGCAUGGAGGACACCGAUGCAAAUGUAUAUGAGAUUGAAGAGCCAUAUGAAGCUCCAGAUGGCCAGCUGCAACUUGGACCGAGACAUCCGCAUUCCAGUUCUGGAGCAUCCCAGGAGGGACACAGUGAUCUGGACCUUGGUCUUGGUGACCUUCCUUCGGACGAUGAGGAAGUCAUCAACAGUUCUGAUGAAGAUGAUGUCAGCUCUAGUUCUAGCAAAGGGGAACCUGACCUGCUGGGAGAUAAACAGGAUGAAGAUACUGGAAUAAAAAGUAAAGCCCAUUAUAUUGCCAAGGAGAUCAUGAGCUCAGAGAAAGUGUUUGUGGAUGUGUUAAAACUUUUGCAUAUUGAUUUCCGGGAUGCUGUAGCCCAUGCUUCCAGACAGCUUGGGAAACCAGUGAUUGAGGACCGGAUCCUAAAUCAGAUCCUGUACUACUUACCCCAGCUGUAUGAGCUGAACCGGGAUCUCUUGAAGGAACUGGAGGAAAGAAUGUUGAACUGGACGGAACAGCAAAGACUUGCUGAUAUCUUUGUAAAGAAGGGGCCAUAUCUAAAAAUGUAUUCCACAUACAUAAAAGAAUUUGAUAAGAAUAUAGCUUUGCUGGAUGAGCAGUGCAAGAAAAACCCAGGUUUCGCUGCUGUUGUUAAAGAAUUUGAGAUGAGCCCACGCUGUGCUAAUCUGGCCCUCAAGCACUACCUGCUCAAGCCAGUUCAGAGGAUCCCUCAGUACAGGCUGCUGCUAACAGAUUAUCUGAAAAAUCUUUUAGAAGAUUCUGAAGAUUACAAAGACACUCAAGAUGCCCUUGCAGUUGUUAUAGAGGUAGCCAACCACGCCAAUGACACCAUGAAGCAAGGAGACAACUUCCAAAAACUUAUGCAAAUUCAGUACAGCUUAAAUGGACACCAUGAAAUAGUGCAGCCUGGACGGGUUUUUCUCAAAGAAGGAACGCUGAUGAAGCUGUCUCGAAAAGACAUGCAGCCCCGAGUGUUUUUCCUGUUUAAUGAUGCCCUCUUGUAUACAACACCAUUGCAGUCUGGGAUGUAUAAACUGAACAACAUGCUCUCAUUGGCAGGAAUGAAGGUCAAAAAACCCACUCAAGAAGCGUAUCAGAAUGAACUAAAGAUUGAGAGUGUAGAACGUUCCUUCAUUCUCUCAGCCAGUUCUGCCACAGAAAGGGAUGAAUGGCUAGAAGCGAUUUCCAGGUCAAUAGAAGAGUAUGCCAAGAAAAGAAUCACAUUCUGUCCUAGCAGGAGUCUUGAUGAGGCCGACUCAGAAAAUAAAGAGGACGUUAGUCCCCUUGGAUCGAAGGCUCCAAUCUGGAUUCCUGACACCAGAGCCACAAUGUGUAUGAUCUGCACAAGUGAAUUUACCCUGACCUGGAGGCGGCACCACUGCAGGGCCUGCGGAAAGAUUGUAUGCCAAGCUUGUUCAUCAAAUAAGUAUGGCUUAGAUUACCUGAAAAAUCAACCAGCAAGAGUAUGUGAACAUUGUUUCCAAGAACUGCAGAAAUUAGAUCGCCAGCACUCUCCUAAGAUUGGAUCUCCCGGAAAUCACAAAUCUUCAAGUGCCUUAUCAUCAGUCUUACAAAGUAUUCCAUCAGGGAGGAAACAGAAAAAAAUCCCAGCUGCUCUCAAAGAAGUAUCAGCAAACACUGAAGAUUCUUCUAUGAGUGGCUAUUUGUAUAGAUCAAAGGGCAAUAAAAAACCUUGGAAGCACUUGUGGUUUGUCAUAAAAAAUAAAGUGCUAUACACAUACGCUGCAAGCGAGGAUGUGGCAGCUUUGGAGAGUCAGCCUUUACUAGGAUUCACUGUCACUCAAGUCAAAGAUGAGAAUUCAGAGUCUAGAGUAUUUCAGUUACUGCACAAAAACAUGGUAUUUUAUGUAUUCAAAGCAGAUGAUGCUCACUCAGCUCAGAAGUGGAUAGAAGCAUUUCAGGAAGGCACGAUAUUGUAGCAGUACUGGUUUCAUCUUUUCUGUGAUUCCAAAAGGGUGGAAUAUCAUCAGAAUGGAGUAAAGUACAAAAAUUUAAUACGAAUCAACACUGCCAAGAUAAAUCCAACCAAAAUCUUCAUCAAAUAUAAGAAAUUAUUUUGUUAGGUAUAAGGGAAUUUUUUAAAUGUAUGUUUUUUAUGUAUGUUAUUUAUUAAAAUUUUUGAUGUUUACCUAAGUCAGA